UUCAAACAUAAACACAGAAAACAUUUACGUCUGUGGUCAGUGCCAGUUUGAUUUGCAGUUCGGAAACAUACCAAACACAAGCAGAAAAAUGAAGCUCUUGCUGUUAGUUGUGCUGUUAUUGAAUGCCAACGGAUUUAUUACUGGAACAUCCCAAUACAGUGACGCAUCGAUCCAAUUUUCGCUGAGUUUCUUUCGCACGGCUUACAAUCUAAAUCCGACCAAUAACUGCAUCCUAUCACCGAUUGCCAUUCAAUAUUCGCUUGCUUUGUUACAUCAUGCAGCCAAACGGAAUAACACCAAGCAUUUACAAGGCACACUAAGAUUGCAGGACAGACAUUACUCAUUCGCCGAUGGGUACGCACCAUUUCUGAAUGAUCUUGGCAACCAUGCGCUGGAGAUGAUCACCAAGGUGUUCCACCCGCAAAUCGAACUCAAUCCAAACCUGCUGCCGGUGCUUCAGGCGGAGUACUCCGUAGACGUGCAGGUCGAAGACUUCAGUCGUCCGGAACAGGUGGUGAAUUCUGUGAACAGUUGGGCCUCCCGCUUCACAAACGGAUUGGUGGGGGAUGUGUUUUACGGGGGCGGUUACUCCAGAGAUGCCAAUCUGAUGAUCAUCAAUACUCUUACCCUGAACGCUUCCUGGGAGUAUCCACUGCUGAGCGUACAUAAGGAUGAAUUCCGUUUCCGAAACGGAGCAAAAGAAGUUGACAUGAUGCAAAUUAACAAGGGACUCAGAUCUUGUGAAAUUGGCGAUCUUCGGAUAGUGGAGCUGGCCUAUGAAAGAACCUCCGACCUUUCAAUGUUGUUCAUCAAGUCCGAUUCGCAGCCUUUGGAGAAGGUCGUCGAGAGGUUAGAUUUGCAGAUGUACCGAACGAUCGAUGAGCAACUGUACGAAGAUCGGACCAAAUUGACGAUUCCCAAGUUUACGAUCAGCAUGGGAACAGGGGCGAGGCGUGUUUUGAAAGCCAUGGGUCUGGGUUAUGUUUUUCGAAAUGACGCAUUCGAUGUAUUUCUUGGAUUCAGCAGCCGUUUGGCGGACGUUUAUCAAGCGUUGAAAAUUGACAUCGAUGGAAGUGGAACACGCGCCGCUGCUGGAACGUACUCGGAUCAUCAUGUUCGCUUCGGAUUGGAAUCACGAUACGAUGGGCCUUUUGUUUUUGUGAUUAGAAAGAAUUCGACAAAAGACAUUGUAUUUAUAGGGCACUAUUCAAGUGAUGUGUAAUGAAGUUUGUUAAAAACAGUGAUUUGGUUAGUAUUGGAGAUUAUCAGAUUAACAAGAUGAAUACCAUAGGUCUUUCCUGCCUGCACGCGCUACCCUACUUUCAAAUAAACGAUAAAAAAAAGCGUUACAGAUUUAAACAAACUUUUUGUCGUUGCAUUUAUUUGAGUAUUCGA